AUGAAAAAAACUUAUUACGAUGAUCUCAAUUUGGAAAAAAAUUGCAGUUCAAAAGCGAUUAAAGAUGCUUUUAUAAAAUUAUCUAAACAAUAUCAUCCUGAUAAAAAUAAAAAUUCGGAUGCUAAAAAAAAAUUCAUCGUUAUUAAUGAAGCUUAUUCUAUAUUGGGAAAUACGCAAAAAAGAAAAUUUAUGUAUAUGUAA